AUGGUUUGUUUAUAUGUUGAUGACUUGAUUUACACAGGUACAAGUCAGCAUAUGAUCGAAGAAUUCACAAGUGCCAUGAUAAAAGAAUUCGAGAUGACGGACUUGGGACUCAUGAAGUAUUUUCUUGGGAUCCAAGUGAAGCAGUCACCUGGAGAAAUAUUUAUUUCACAGGAGAAGUAUACCGAAGAUAUGCUGAAAAGAUUUCACAUGACAACGUGUAAACAAAUCUCAACAGCAAUGGCGUUAAACGAGAAAUUACAACGCAAUGAUGGAGCUGAAAAGUCGAUGGAAAGCUGUACAGAAGUCUUGUCGGGUCACUCAUUUACCUGA